AUGACUCAUUUUCUUAGCUAUAUUCGAGGUGUAGCAUAUCAAGGACUACAGCGGCGGAGGAGCCGGUCCGGCACCAACUACGUCGACCCCCUGGCCGACGCCUCCAAAUGCGAGCGCGAUAUCCCCUACCUUCUACAGCUGCGGACCAACGUGAUCCGGACGUAUGCCGUCGACCCAUCCUCAAACCACGAUGAGUGCAUGCAGAAGUUGUCCGACGCAGGGAUCUACGCCAUCACCGAUCUGGCGUCGCCGGACGUCUCCAUCACGUCCAACUCGCCUGUCUGGACGGUCGACCAGUAUGCCUGCUACACCAGUGUCAUUGACGCAUUCCAAAAGUACGAUAACGUGAUUGGCUUUUUCGCCGGCAACGAGGUGGUCAACCAGGCGAAUCAGUCCGCCGGCGCCGCGUUCGUCAAGGCCGCGGCGCGAGACCUGAAAGCCUACAUCAAGAACAAGGGAUACCGGGAAUCGCUGGCUAUCGGGUAUGCGACCACCGACAACCCGGAGAUCCGGCUCUCGCUGUCAGACUACCUCAACUGCGGCGACCAGUCCGACGCGAUCGACUUCUUCGGCUACAACAUCUACGAAUGGUGCGGCGACAAGACCUUCCAGACCUCCGGCUACCAGAACCGCACCCAGGAGUACGAAGACUACUCCAUCCCCAUCUUCUUCUCCGAAUACGGCUGCAACACGGAGAAACCGCGCAAGUUCUCCGACGUGCCCGUGCUCUUCGGCCCGCAGAUGGAGGCCGUCUGGAGCGGCGGCAUCGUCUACAUGUACUUCGAGACAACCAACGACUACGGCCUGGUCUCCGUCUCCGGGGCGUCCGUCUCCACCGAGGCCGACUUCGCCUACUACUCGUCCGAGAUCCAGAGCGCCACGCCCACAGGCACCAACAGCGCCAGCUACUCGCCCACCAACUCCCCGCGCGCCUGCCCCACCGUCGACGAGACCUGGCUCGCCAAGUCCAGCCCCCUGCCCCCGAUCCCCAACGCCGAGCUCUGCUCCUGCAUGGUCGCGAGCCUGUCGUGCGUGGUCACGGACUCCGUCGCCGCAGAGCAGUACGGCGAGCUCUUCGGCCAGGUCUGCGGGUACGGUCAGGGCAUCUGCGAGGGGAUCGCACACAACGCCACGACGGGCUCGUACGGCGCGUACAGCGUCUGCACGAGCAAGGACCAGCUGUCGUAUGCGUUUGAUCGGUACUACAAGAGCCAGAACAAGGCCGCGUCGGCGUGCGACUUUGCCGGGGCGGCGUCCGUGCAGUCGCCCAAGGGCGCCUCGGCGGACUGUCAGCCGCUGGUCAGCCAGGCUGGUGCGGCGGGGACGGGGACGGUCACUUCGCAGCCGACGGGGGGGAGUGGUGCCACCGGGGGUAGUGGUAGCGCGGCGAGUACGUCCACGUCCAAGGGUGCGGCUGCGAGUGCUGUGAGUCCUGCUGCGGUCCGGGUGGGCGGCUGGCCUUUGUUUGCGUAUGGGGUUGUCGCUGCGAUGGCUGGUGUUCUGAUGAUUUCUCUUUAG